UGGGUUUGUUUCGAGUGAAGAAAGAGGGGGAAGGGAGUGGCGAAAUCGGAUGGGUUGCAUCUCCUCUAGAUUGCUUGCGGCCGCCGACCUUGGCGGUGAUCUCUUGUUCUCCGGCGUUGAUAAGGCUGACGCAGGCGGAGUCUGCCCCAACCAUUUCGUCUGUCUCACCUCCACCACUUACGGCGUCCUCAAACUUGACUAUGUCGACGAGAAAGCCACUCCCGACUUUGAAGGUCUGCCGGGUCCGGACGUCGGACAAGGGGAGGCGAGACCGCCGGAUUCCUCUCCGCAACCUGCUGAGAAGGAGGAGGAUCGCCCUUCGGAGGUCAUAGACGCACGGGAACUCAUGGGGGAUCUCGUCGCCGAAACCCCCAGCAGGUCGCCGGCGCAGAGGAAGAAAUCGCAGAAACCAUCUCCCUCCGUGCGCCGUUCUCCGGAGGUUAGGAAGUGGUCCAUCGGAAAGGAGAAUACUCCAUUGCGGUCGGAGCGCAAAAGGUCGAAUAUCGACGCGCACCGUGCCGCCGAUCCUUUCCGUUCCCUGGACAACACGCCGUGGACCAGCUUUGUUUCGGCGAUGACGAGGAAACGUACCCCCGGUAGCGGAGGAGGGAGCAAAAAAUCCGACAGAGGUUCCGACAACUCUCGGUCGAGACGGAGCUUGAGCCCCCUGUUCGAUCCCGAACUCGUGGCUAUGUUCGAGCUGGAGCACUGCGAGGAGGGGAAGAAUAUUAAGAAAACAGAGCACGAUAAGGUCUUUGAAGUUGCUACUUUGCUUCAGUCCUACGAGCGCAAGUGUCCCGAAGGAGGCGAGAACUCGGUUGUCCUCUACACCACCACGCUCAGGGGCAUCAGAAAGACCUUUGAGGAUUGCAACACGGUCAGAUCGCUGAUCGAGUCCUACGGCGUUGGCAUUGUGGAGAGGGACAUCUCCAUGGACUGCGGGUACAGGGAGGAGCUGCGGAUGCUGAUGGGGAAGAAGGAGGUCAAGGUCCCUAUGGUCUUCAUCAAGGGCCGGUAUAUCGGUGGCCUGGAAGAGAUAGCUAGAUUGGAUGACGAAGCAAAAUUGGAGCUUUUGCUGGAGGGGUUACCGAGUGCGGCCAAGUGGUGCGAGGGCUGCGGCGGACUGCGGUUCGUCAUGUGCAUGGACUGCAAUGGCAGCUGCAAGGUGUUGGAUUCCCAGAAGAACAAAGUGGAGUGUGGAGAAUGCAAUGAGAAUGGCUUGAUCCACUGCCCCAUAUGCUGUUAAGAACAGAUGGAGAACCAAAACCCCUUUUUCUUUCUGCGAUAUAUUUGAGAAUUGCAAAGACAAGGUAGCAAAGUGUGACUAAAAAGAAGCAAUUGAAGUUACAAAGCAAAGGAAGAGUUUCUGCAUCGCUUCUCUAGCCAGUGUCGAGUGGUAGAGCUAUCUCCCACAUGUCACUGUGAUCAAGACACAACAUUGUCUCUUAACUAAUUAUUUUUUAGAGUUCUGACCACUGAACCCAAUGGCUACUGUUUUGAAUACUUAACUAAGAUCUUUGAUUAUGGUCGAUUAUGUAGAUACACUUAAAAUUUACUGUCUUUACUGUUUCUUCAACCAGCAAUUCAAUUUA